AUGAAGAUUCUCUAUAUUGGCAUCCUCAAGAAUGAAGACAAGCCGGCCGUCGAGCUGUGCGCCGAACGCGACCUGAGCAGCUACUCCCGCUUCACCCGCUCCAGUGUCGGCGAGUUCAUGUCACUCUUCACAAAGACCGUCGCCGAACGCACCAAGCCGGGUCAACGCCAGGACAUUGAAGAACAAUCCUACACCUUCCACGCCUACGGCCGCAGCGAAGGCGUCGCCGGCAUCAUCAUCUCCGACCAAGAAUACCCUGCCCUGGUCGCCCACCAACUGCUCUCCAAGAUCAUGGAUGAGUUCUUGUCUCGCUACCCCCGCUCGGCAUUUGCAAACUCGAAUGCAGAGUUGCCGUUCCCUCCCCUCAAGGAGUAUAUCGUCAAGUACCAGGACCCGCAUGCUGCCGAUAGCAUCAUGAAGAUCCAGAAGGAGUUGGACGAGACCAAGAUUGUGCUGCACAAGACUAUUGAGAGUGUUUUGGAGCGUGGAGAGAAGAUUGAUAAUCUGGUUGCCAAGAGUGAUGGUCUUAGUGCUCAGAGCAAGAUGUUCUAUACUCAGGCCAAGAAACAGAACUCGUGCUGCAUUGUCAUGUAG